AUGGCGACUGCUUCAGCAUCGCGCGGAUUAAUGGCCAUCCUCGCUAUUAUCUCCCUCGUAUUCGCCGGAUCUUGCGCGGCUAUCGUCAAUGCCUCGCCGUUAGCAACCGUGGAAGCAGCAAAGACUCUCGCAGUUCCGCUGGAAGACGGCUCCUACGGCAGUUUGAAGGAGACCUUUCAGGCAGUCAAGCUUCUGAGCGUCGUCUCGAAAUCGUCGCUCGAUUCGGCCAAGCUCUGCGCGUGGCUGAAGAAGCUUCCAGCCGCCACGUCAGCAGAGGAGGCCUUUCAGAAGGUUUCGAUCGCUGCUGCGCUCGGCUGCAAGGGCGUUAGCGCCGUUGUCAAGGAAGCGGAGCCUCUCUUGUCUCCAGCAGCAUCCUCGUCGUCCCUUGACCAGCUGUUUUACGCUGCAGCCGGCACCCAGAUCCUCAAGGCCAACAAGUGGAGCACUGGGUCCGUGCCUGCAGGCCUCAAGAAGGCUGCUGCUGCUAUCCUCGCACUGAAGCAGGCGGAUGGCUCGUGGGCAACGGGGAAGGACGGCCAGGGGUCCGUGGCUGCUGCGGGCGUGGCUCUCGAGGCGCUGGCUGCACUCAAGGAGCUGGGGCUGGUGGAUGAGAAGCAGGUGUCGGCGGUUACAGAUGCUGUCAGCUCGCUCUUCUCUCUCCUCACAGCUGACUCCGACCCGAGUGGCAACGCUGUUUCAUUCUUCUCAGCCUCUCCCUCGGAGGGCGGGACUCUCGUCGCCACGGCCUCCGCCAUCACGGGCUACCUCGCGCUCGCCUCCACCCUCGGCUCCCCUCUCGCCGUGCGCCCUCCCAAGCUGGCGGAGGCGGGGCGCUAUCUGGUGGCGGCGCUGCCCCUUUCACUGGCGGAGGCGGCUGCCUGGGCGGAAGCGCUCGCAGUGCUUGAUAACAACCCCAUCUUUGUGCCCAUCUUCCUCUCGUCUCCCGGCCACAUCUCCAUUUCUGCAGACCCCACGCUCACUGUGAGUGUGACAACAGCGCUGGGAGGCAAGGUGCCAGGUGUGGCAGUGAAGCUGCAGAGUGCCACCAUUGGGGGCGGCAGUGCUGCAUCGGGCAAGGAGCUCACAGCAGGCAAGGACGGCGUCUCCUUCUCCGCCAAGCCAUUCUCCAAGGCCUCUACUCUGGGAGUCUACACGCUCAAGUUCAAGAUCACCCCUCCUGCGGAAUCAGUCUUCAUCGCCGGCAGUGCAUCAGUGGAGCGCCCGCUGCUGCUCUCUGCCUCGAUGGCCGUCACUGGCGUGUCCGUUGCCGUGCUGGACAGCGAUGGCGCCACUCCUGAGUCCGAGAAGAAGCUGGACUUUGAGAAGAGGACAAACUUCACCGACCUGUCUGCCACCCACCUGCAGAAGCUGCGUGUGUCGCUCUCCCUCGCCACACCCUCGGGGAAGGCCUUCAUUCCCCACCAGGCCGUGCUGCAGCUGGUGAACAGCAUCGGCAUGGCCUACUCCUUCCUGCUCAAGCCGUCCGGCAGCACCCUCUCAGUUCAGCUCGAGCUGCUGGAGAUGAUGGACCGCCUCUUCUACCACUCGGGCGAGUACACGCUGAAACUGAUCGUGGGCGAUGCAGUCAUGGACAACGCAUUCGACUGGCAGCUGGGCUCUGUGGACCUUGACCUGCCUGCUGCCCCAGAGACUGCCCCCAAGCUGCCCGCCCGCCCCGAGUCUCUGGCUGAGAGAUUCUCUGCCAAGCCCGAGAUCGCACAUAUCUUCCGCAAGCCGGAUUCCCGGCCGGCGUUUGUCGUCUCAUACUCGUUUGUGGCGCUCGUGCUGCUGCCGCUGGUGGUGCUGCUCGUGGGGCUGGCGGUGCUAGGAGUGAACCUCAAGGCCUUCCCCUCUGGGGGUGUGCCUCUCCUCUCAGCUCUGGCCUUCCACGGGGGAAUCGCUGCGCUCCUGCUGCUCUACGUUGCUUUCUGGGUGCAGGUGAAUCUGUUCACCACGCUCAAGCUCAUCCUUCUCCUCGCUGUCCUCACAGCCAUUCCCGGCCACCAAGUUCUCUCCUACCUUGCUGACGGAGGUCAUCGCGCGAUUAUCUUCAACCGGCUAUCUGGGAUCAAAGACACGGUAUAUCAGGAGGGGACGCAUUUCAUCAUCCCCGGUAUUGAGUGGCCCAUUAUCUACGACGUGCGCGCGCGACCCCAUCUCGUGGAGAGCACGUCCGGCAGCCGCGAUUUGCAGAUGGUUCGCAUCACGCUGCGAGUGCUCACUCGCCCCAUGUCCGACCGCCUACCCACCAUCUACCGCACGCUGGGGCAGGACUAUGCUGAGAGGGUGCUGCCGUCGAUUGUCCAAGAGACUCUGAAAUCCGUGGUGGCUCAGUAUAACGCCAGCCAGCUCAUCACGCAGCGAGAGUCUGUGAGUCGGGAGAUCCGUCGUAUUCUGGAGGACAGAGCAGCGUCCUUUAACAUUGCGCUGGAUGAUGUGUCGAUCACCAACCUCACGUUCGGGCGCGAGUUUACUGCAGCCAUCGAGGCCAAGCAGGUGGCGGCACAGGAGGCAGAGCGCGCCAAGUUCGUGGUGCAGAAGGCCGAGCAGGACAAGCGGGGAGCGAUCAUUCGAGCGCAGGGAGAGGCCACGAGUGCGCAGCUGAUAGGAGAGGCCAUUGCCAACAACCCCUCCUUCAUCACUCUGAGGAAGAUUGAGGCGGCCAGGGAGAUUGCCAACACUCUGGCCAAUAGCAGCAACCGCGUCUUCCUCUCCUCUGAUUCGCUGCUGCUGAACCUGGCUGACGAUAAGAGUGAUGCGCCGCCCGCUCCUGCUGCCACAACUGGCAAAAAGAAGAAUUGCUGGUUUGUCUCUCCUUGCUUCUUCUCCGCGGCCUCUUUCUUCCUCGCCUCCUUUUCCCUCUCCCCUCUUUCUCCAGUCGUUAGGGUUUCCCUUCCUCCCAGCGGCCUUUCCGCUCAGCUUCCAACAAACACAGCCAUGUCUUCCAAGAAGAAGGUGAAAGAAGUGAAGGAGGAGAAGGGUCCCGCUGGCCCGCAGGUGCGAGAGGGCGAGAUCGUCUUCGGCGUCGCACACAUCUUCGCAUCCUUCAACGACACCUUCGUGCACGUGACAGAUCUCUCCGGCAAGGAAACCAUGUGCCGAGUCACUGGCGGCAUGAAGGUGAAGGCCGAUCGCGACGAGUCGUCCCCAUACGCGGCUAUGCUUGCGGCGCAGGACGUAGCAAUCAGGUGCAAGGAGCUGGGCAUCACGGGGCUGCACAUCAAGCUGAGGGCUACCGGCGGUAACCGCACCAAGACGCCUGGCCCUGGAGCUCAGUCCGCCAUCCGCGCUCUUGCCCGUUCCGGCCUCAAGAUCGGCCGCAUUGAGGAUGUGACACCUAUCCCCACCGACAGCACUCGCAAAAAGGGUGGUCGUCGCGGUCGCCGUCUGUAA